AUGCGAAUUCAAUACGCUGUGCAACUAGCUGUUGCCGCCAUGGUGAUGUACGUCGACGCUGAGACCUCACCUACAAGCGCUAAGACGAUCAGACAAAUGGACAUUCCACCAUCAGCGCACACACCGGCUAAUGAUGAGAGCGAAACCUUUGUUCAAGGCCUUUCCCAUACUGUUGGUCAAGAUGAAGAUAGAGGUCAGAACGAGGACCUGGUGAGAUUGAUAUCGCUACGGUGGGCUCAGAUGCUUGCAAUUUGGACGGCGAGAACACCGGUUGGUAUGUUGACCCAUAUAAAAAAGUUAGCGAAUACCGUUAAAGACUUCAAUAGUGUCUUCAAAUUCUACAAGAUACUUUACGAAGAUUCGGCAGCAAAUAAAGUAUUGAAGGUACUUGCGGAACAGAUCGGAAAUCCGGCUAAACUCGCGUUGAAGCUUCACGAGGGGGCAAAAUUGGAACCUAUCGCCGAGGUAUCUUCAGCGCUUGAAUCAGCCCAAUUUUUCGAAUGA